AUGGGUUUCUUUGAUGACGUAGGUUUAGCGUAUGGUAGAACUGCGUCUGAACAGAUGAGACUAUGGGCUCAUUUGAACACCAAAUUGGCGAAGUUGGCUUGUAGAAGAAACUUCUUGCUCCAUUGCAGAACGACCGGUAUUUUACCCAGACAUAUCGUCCAGAACAUCAAAUGUUUGACCAACCUCUUAUCAGAUGAUGCCGAAAACAACAGAAAGAACCGAUCAUACAAGAAAGUAUUUUCCAACAACAAGAAGCUUCUUAAAAAGAAGUUCCUUGCACUAAAAAAACGAAAAAUCCAGUCCAUCCAAAUCAGAGAUGAAUGGCUUUGCAAUCUCACUACUACACAGAUUCCCACAGAAGUUAAGGUUAUCUUGAGUCUGGGACCUAAAUUUGGUGUGGCUCCCCUUCCUGUUAAAGACAUACCUAUCAAGAAUAUUGUGGCAGAUGUAGAGAACAUAAUCAACUUGGCUCCUAUCACCAGGCAGAAUAUCUUGAGAGCUAAAUGCACUAAUGCUAUUACCAACUUCGUGCACAAUUCAAAGAUGACACAUAACUUUGAGCACUACCUUUUGACCAAUGCUAGAAGAUUUGUCAAGACACACGAUGACUUGGUUAUCACUCCUGCUGACAAAGGUAACAUCACAGUAAUACUUUCCACAGAACAGUAUGAACAGAAAAUGAACCAGCUUCUACAAGACUCGUCAGUUUACAAACAAUUAAGGAGAGACCCUACCAAUGAAUUUCAAUGUAAAAACAACAAAAUUGUCAAACAACUGAAAGACAAAGGUUUUAUUGAUGCUUCCAUGGCCAGAAAAUCAACCACCUAUAAAGCGAUUCCACCAAGAAUAUAUGGACUUCCUAAAGUACACAAAGCAGACAUCCCAUUGAGGCCCAUCGUCUCCACAAUUGGCUCAGCGUCAGUUGAACUCAGUCAAUUUAUGACACAGAUUCUCACAGAAGCAUUCUCAGAUUUCCAUGAUUAUACCAUAGCUGAGUCUUUCCAAUUUGCUUCCAAAAUUAAUAACUUUAUAUUACCCCAAGGGUAUAAACUCAUUUCCUUAGAUGCUGUCAGUUUAUUCACGAAUAUUUCACUAGAGCUAGUUAUACAAAUUAUCCAACAGGAAUGGUCCAGAGUAAGUCAGGUCACAACCAUAGAUAUAUCACUUUUUCUAACAAUCAUAAAGUUUUUGUUUGAGUCCAGCUAUUUCGUUUUCAAGGGUUCCUUCAUUUCACAAAUCUUUGGCUGUGCAAUGGGGAGUAAAAUCAGUCCCAUUUUGGCUAAUAUAGUCAUGUCAGUGCUUUUGAAAUAUUGCAUUCCUCUACUGCCCUUCCAGGUGCCGAUUACCUAUCAAUAUGUUGAUGACCUUCUCCUUGCUAUUCCCGAAGACAGGACUGCUACGACUUUGGCAGUUUUCAAUAACUACGACCCACACAUUAAGUUUACUGCAGAAGAAGAAACUGAAAAUGGUGUCCCAUUCCUUGACACCAAAGCUAUCAGGUGUGCAGGUAACAUUGUAAAAUUGGAUUGGUACCAAAAACCGACCUCUUCAGGUCGCUAUAUACAUUAUAGUUCCAACCAUUCUUGGGCUAUGAAAACUAACUUAAUUAAAGGUAUGUUUCGUAGAAUUAAGAAAAUCUGCCAUCCAGACUUUCUUCAUAACAGUGAAGAAAAGUUGCUUAAGAUCUUUGAGAACAAUGGUUACCCUAGGAUGUUUUUGAACAGAUGUCUGCAUUCUCUAACUUCUGACCAAGUCAACGAGGUCCCACAAAUAAGAACAUCGACAUUAGUCGAACCUGCCACACAUGACAAAUAUGUAAGCCUGCCCCUCAUUCCACCAUUAACAGCCAAACUAAAGAUAGGAUCCACACCAUGUCUAGAUCUGACGUGGUUUAUCGCAUUCCAUGUGAGAACUGUGAGUCUGUGUAUGUUGGACAGACAUCACAAUGUUUGAAAAGACGUAUCUCAAUACAUAAGAGUGACGCCAGAUUACGACCUGAUAGAUGUGCAUUAGCUAGCCAUUCGUCCUCUCUAGACCACCAUUUUAAGUUUGAUGAAGUUGAAAUAUUAUGUACCAAUUCUAACUAUAAUAAAAGAAGUUUCCUUGAAAUGUGUUUUAUAAAUGAAAAUGAAAAUAAUAUAAAUAAGAAG